AUGGUGCUGGGAAAUGUCUCCCGGGUGACUGAAUUCAUCCUCCUGGGGCUUCCUGAUACAAGGGAGCUGCAAGUCCUCUUCUUCACCUUCUUCUUCCUGGCCUAUGCCAUGGUUCUGCUGGGGAACCUUCUCAUCAUUGUGACAGUCAGGACCGACCCCAAGCUCUCCUCACCCAUGUACUUUCUCCUCUGCAACUUGUCCUUCAUAGACAUCUGCUACACCUCUGUCACCUCUCCCAGGAUGCUGGCAGACCUGCUCUCCCGGAAGAAGGCCAUUGCAUUUGAAGACUGCAUAGUCCAGCUCUUUUUCCUGCACUUUUUUGGGGCAUCGGAGAUGUUCCUGUUGACCGUGAUGACGUAUGACCGCUACACCGCCAUCUGCAAGCCCCUGCACUACACAGCCAUCAUGAGCCGCCAAGUUUGCUGGGCCCUGGUGUUGGCCUGCUGGGCCGGGGGCUUCCUCCACUCCAUUGUCCAAACCCUUCUCACCAUCCAGCUCCCCUUCUGUGGCCCUAACACCAUCGACAACUACUUCUGUGAUGUGCCGCCCGUCAUCCGGCUUGCCUGCACGGACAUCUACGUCACGGAGUGGCUCAUCGCUUCCAACAGCGGUUUAGUAUCCCUGGUUUGCUUCUUCGUGCUUGUCGGAUCUUAUACGUUCAUCCUGGUCACCGUGAGGGUCCGCCUCACUGAGGGGCACUGGAAGGCGCUCUCCACCUGCGCCUCACACAUGAUGGUUGUCACCCUCUUCUUUGUACCCUGCAUCUUCAUCUACCUCCAGCCCUUUUCUACCUUCCCCUCUGACAAGCACAUCUAUGUGAUCCCCACUGUCUUCUCCCCGGUGAUGAACCCCUUCAUCUACACCCUGAGGAGUAAUGAGGUGAAGGCAUCCAUGCGGAGAUUGUGGAAGCGCUGCAGGGCCUUCUGA